UGGCUAGCAUGUCCAUGCAGAAAUAUACAAGGAUAACUAUGCCGUCUUUAUGUGCCGUUUAGUUAUGCUAUAGUAUGGAGCUUUUCAACUUAAUAUGAGGUCCAAUGACCGUUCCUUAUUCCCGUAGAAAAUGAAGCUAAGAGUCCAGCUACAGUGCAAGAAUUUGCAUGAAUACCUCAGAGAGCUGGGUCCGGAGAUUUUGGACCGACUUUAUAAUCAUCCCGCAACAUGUCUGGCUGUCUACAGGGAGCUUCCAUCUCUGGCUAAAAAUUAUGUGAUGCGAAUGCUGUUCCUGGAUCAGCCUCUCCCGCAGGCAGCUGUGGCUUUGUGGGUGAAAAAAGAGAGCCAUAAGGACCAUGAUGAAUGCGUGUCGGUGCUGGCAGGACUACGCCUCUGGCACAGUCAGCAGCUGCAGGGUGGUCUGCAGGGGUAUAUCCUCAACCCCGUCUUCAAAGACAACCUGAGGAUAGCGCUGCUGGGGGGGGGCCGAGCGUGGGCCGAUGAGGGCAGCAGCCUCGGUCCUGACCGCCACGCUCGGGACAUCGAGAGUCUGGACCGCUACGCCGUGGAACGCUGGGAGGUCAUCCUGCACUUUAUGGUGGGGUCUCCCACCGCCGCCGUCAGUCAGGAUCUCGCUCAGCUGCUGACUCAAGCAGGCCUCAUGAAAAGUGAGGCGGGGGAAGCACCUUACAUCACAUCUGCAGGCUUCCAGUUCCUCCUCCUGGACACGCCCUCGCAGUUGUGGUAUUUUACACUACAGUACCUCAAGACCGCUCAGUCCAGAAGGAUGGACCUGGUGGAGAUAUUGUCGUUCUUGUUUCAACUCAGCUUCUCUACGUUGGGCAGGGAUUACUCGGUGGAGGGCAUGAGCGAGUCAUUACUCACAUUUCUGCAGCACCUUCGGGAGUUCGGGCUGGUCUUCCAAAGGAAGAGGAAGUCGAGGCGGUACUAUCCCACCAGGCUGGCCAUCAGUCUGGCCGCAGGAGUUACGAGCAGCUCCUCUUCUCUCUCCUCCUCCAACUGUGGCUCCAUUCCUGGCGCCGCAGAUGCAGGCUUCAUUGUGGUUGAAACUAAUUAUCGCAUCUACGCCUACACAAACUCAGAACUUCAGAUUGCUCUGGUGGCUCUAUUCAGUGAAAUGUUGUAUCGCUUCCCCAAUGUGGUCGUGGCUCAGGUCACACGAGAGUCUGUGCAACAGGCCAUCUCUAACGGGAUCACCGCUCAACAGAUCAUCCACUUCCUGAGAACCCGAGCACACCCCGUGAUGCUGACGCAGACACCCGUACUUCCUCCGACCAUCACAGAUCAGAUCCGACUUUGGGAGCUGGAGAGGGAUAGACUACAAUUCACAGAGGGAGUGCUUUACAACCAGUUCCUCUCCCAGGCGGACUUUGAGGUGCUUCGAGACAGAGCUCAGGGACUGGGGUGUCUGGUGUGGCAGGACGUGACUCACAGGGUGAUGGUGGUGACGCCGCACGGACACAGUGAGGUCAAGAGGUUCUGGAAACAACAGAAGAGUCACGCGUAAGCAGGGACGAGCACACAUGACUGCCGUCAAACGAGGCAGUGUGUACUGAUUGUACUGUACUCCUCUUCAAUGUGUCAUUAGUAUUUUAGGAAGGAGUCUACACCAAUCUUUUAUUGAAAGUGACACAGACUGGGGAGGUGAAAAAAGAACCUAACUCAUUAUGACGUCAAAUAAAUGUGUGUAUUUGUCUAUUCAACUGUA